AAAGGGAGCACUUUAUACCGAUACACCGAUAUCAUCCUGCACAUCGAUAAAUGUAAACAAGACGUGGACAUAAAUAAUUAGAAUUAGCCAUAAUUAUGCAGAAACUUGUGUUUUUUACACUGUUAGCCAUUGGUAGCCAGCAAAUCCAUGCAGAAUUCACGGCAGCAGACUGCCGGGAGCUGGGCUUCAUCAAGGCCCAGCUAAUGUGCUCCAGUUGCGACAAGCUGGAUGACUUUGGCCUGGAGACCCUCAAAACCCCCUGCAAGCAAUGCUGCACUUUGGAUCAGCAACCGGCGGCACAACGCACUUAUGCAAAGGCCAUUCUCGAGGUGUGCACCUGCAAGUUCCGUGCCUAUCCCCAGAUACAGGCGUUCAUCCAGAGCGGGCGGCCAGCCAAGUUCCCCAAUCUCCAGAUCAAGUAUGUGCGUGGACUAGAUCCCGUGGUAAAGCUACUCGAUGCUGCUGGAAAGGUGCAGGAGACUUUGUCCAUAACCAAGUGGAACACGGACACCGUCGAGGAGUUCUUUGAGACGCAUCUGUCCAAGGAUGGCAAGGGCAAGAGCUCGUACAGUGUGGUAGAGGAGGCAGUCGACGACGACGACGAUGAUUAUUUGCUAACAAAUAAAGUUUGAGAUUUUAAUUCCCA